CAGCUCGUCGCCCGCUCCCGGUCCUCUUUCUCAUUCGCCGCCAGAAGACCGGACCUCACUUUCUGUCCCGAGCGCCCUCCAUUUGGCCGCUCCUGCGCUUACCUGCACCCACCGUCCCCUGCCCUGCACCGGACCUCGGGCUCUCCUCGUCGUCCUCGUCGUCGUCGUCGUUGCUCUCUCUUGAGGAGCGCCUCGCAGACAUUUCACAGUUGGCGUCCGAGCGAAAGGAAGGCUGCAACGGGUGGCGCGGGCGAGGAGCGUCUGGGAGGAGCGUUGGGGAGAGGAGUCGAGAAGAGAAGAGAAGAGGAGUCGUAGCAAGAGAAGGAAUUUGCGAGGAGACGAGAGGAGACGAGAAUGGCUGCUAUGGCAGCAGCGGCGGCAGGAGGGAUGGCAGUGGCGGGGAGCGGACAGGUCCCGGCGAUGCCAGCCUCGAGUUGGCUCGGCAGCGGCACGAGGAAGAGCCUCGGGGCGCUGCGGGGAUUUCGUGCCGCGAGCUCUGCUUCGUCUUGUUCCGGGAGCGAGCUGCGGCGGGCUCCGCCUGCGCAGUUCGUUCGAUCUCAGGAGAAUGGCCGCGGCAGGACUCGAGCUCUUGAUACGUCGACCGCCGCUUCGGCUGCUGCAUCUGGCACGCUUUUGUCGUCCGAUGGUGUAGGCUCGCCUGUAGGCACAAAAAAGACGGGAGAGGCGCCGUCUGAGACUUUGCACCAAGAAUUUAAAGAUCUCAUCGGAGAUGUUACAGACAACGAAGAGACUGUGUCCAUCACUGUCGUUGGUGCCUCCGGAGAUCUGGCAAAGAAGAAAAUUUUUCCGGCCUUAUUUGCCCUGUUUUACGAGGGCUGUCUACCUAAGCAUUUUACCAUUUUCGGGUUCGCCAGGAGCAAGAUGACAGAUGAACAGCUGCGCGAGAUGAUAAGUGGUACUUUAACUUGUCGAAUUGACCAAAGGGAGAACUGCGGUGACAAAAUUGGAAAUUUUUUGCAACGGUGCUUCUAUCAUGCAGGACAGUAUAGUUCCGAGGACAACUUUCGACAGCUUGACACCGAGCUAAAGAAACACGAGGGUGGCAGAGUGGCAAACCGGCUAUUUUACUUGUCAAUUCCACCAAAUAUUUUUGUUGAUGUCGCACGAAGUGCAAGCCGUGGUUCAUCAUCAUCAAGAGGCUGGACAAGAGUUAUCGUUGAGAAGCCAUUUGGUCGUGAUUCUGAAUCUUCAGCUGAGCUUACCAGGGGGCUGAAGCAAUACCUCACUGAGGAGCAGAUUUACAGAAUUGAUCAUUAUCUCGGUAAGGAGCUCGUGGAGAAUCUCUCCAUUCUCCGUUUCUCAAAUCUCGUAUUUGAGCCUUUGUGGUCAAGACAGUACAUCCGGAAUGUGCAGCUAAUUUUCUCUGAGGACUUUGGAACAGAAGGGAGAGGAGGAUACUUCGACAAUUACGGUAUCAUUCGAGAUAUUAUGCAAAAUCAUCUUCUCCAAAUUUUAGCUCUCUUUGCAAUGGAACCGCCUGUGAGCCUGGAUGCCGAGGAUAUCCGAAAUGAAAAGGUAAAAGUGCUGCGAUCCAUGAGACCUUUGCAUAUCGAGGAUGUCGUGAUUGGGCAGUACAAGGGCCACAGAAGGGGCGGUGUGAACUAUCCUGCAUACACCGACGACAAAACAGUUCCAAACAAUAGUAUCACGCCCACAUUCGCCGCGGCUGCUCUUUUUAUUGAUAAUGCUAGAUGGGAUGGGGUUCCCUUCCUCAUGAAGGCUGGCAAGGCUCUACACAGGAAAGGGGCAGAAAUUAGGGUUCAAUUCAGACAUGUUCCUGGUAAUUUGUACAAGAGGAGCUUCGGUACCGAUUUGGAUCAAGCAACGAACGAGCUUGUAAUUCGUGUGCAGCCCGAUGAAGCCAUCUACUUGAAGAUAAACAACAAAGUUCCAGGGUUGGGUAUGCGUUUGGAUCGCAGCAACCUCAAUCUACAUUACGCUGACAGAUAUUCUCAUGAAAUUCCCGAUGCCUACGAACGUCUUUUGCUCGAUGCAAUCGAGGGAGAGCGUCGACUGUUUAUUAGAAGUGAUGAGCUCGAUGCCGCCUGGGCACUUUUCACCCCAUUGCUGAAGGAGCUCGAGGACAAGAGAGUAGCACCAGAGUUGUACCCGUACGGGAGCAGAGGGCCCGUGGGUGCGCAUUACCUGGCUGCCAAACACCAUGUAAGAUGGGGAGACAUGAACACAGAGGUGACCUCCAAAUGAGGAGAUAUUUCUUGGAGUGAAGGUGUAGAGGGAAAAUCCUCCUUGUAAAUUACAAAUGCGCAGUUCACAUACUUCCGAUACGAAAUCGCUUGCUUGUCAGGUGUCUAAAUGCAGAAUCACACAUAGAGGUUUGUUUCAAGUGGAGCAGAGCUUGCAGUUGCAAGACACCGAGCAGUUCUUCAAAGCCGGCUUACAACCUCCACCAGAAUAAUCUACCGGCAUACCGGCAGACAUUUUUGAAGCUCAGCACCAUAACAUGCGAGAGCGCGUCAUGCUGCUGAGCUUGAGCCUGUCUAAGCUUUUGACUUCGUGCCCCAUUGUCUGUUAGAUACUUGAAGUCAAUGAGAAACUAGGUGUCAACAAAUUGUAGUAUUCAAUUUAGCAUCCCUCUAUGCAAUUGAAGAAAGCCCCGCAUGAGUUUGUUUCUCUGGGAGCUUUGUGAAUAUCGUGUAUCAUUUUGUUCCAGGUUUUACCGAAGUGAAGUUGUCUACGCUUAGCGCGAAGUAAAUUGUCAUAUGUAAAACGUGAUUUGCAUUUUUGAGGCUUCGAUUGACAUGCAGCUCUUUAAUAAAUUGACAGGCACUCAUGAGUUAUUAUCCGUUGCAGCUGGAAACAAUCAUAGAACAUGAGUUUCAGGAACUUUUUCGUACUUUGAACCCUUGAACAUAUGGUAUUUGUUGGUAACUUUGUUUUCAAGCCGAGAUGAUUUCUUCACCAACUGUGUCAGCAAGAUCAUCGUCAGUGGCUUCCAAGCCCAGUG